CUUUCUCUUUUAGUUAGUUUUACUACCGGAUUCUUUUGCUUUCCACUCAGUGCUUCCUUUACGGUGACACAUCUGAAGCUCCCUUAUUGCUUUCCGGCACCGGGUUUUAAUGGCGACCACAGCUUGUUUUAUCAUUGUGAGCAGGAAUGACAUCCCUAUAUAUGAAGCUGAAGUUGGAUCAGCUACUAAAAGAGAAGAUGCGGCUCAGCUGCAUCAGUUCAUAUUACAUGCCGCUUUGGAUAUUGUUCAAGACCUUGCAUGGACUACUAGUGCCAUGUUUUUGAAAGCAAUAGACAGAUUUAAUGAUUUGGUGGUGUCAGUUUAUGUUACAGCUGGUCAUAUGCGAUUGAUGCUGCUUCAUGACUCUCGUAAUGAUGAUGGAAUUAAGAGCUUUUUCCAAGAGGUUCAUGAGCUUUAUAUAAAGAUUCUUCUUAAUCCCCUAUAUUUGCCCGGUUCUCGUAUUACAUCAUCACAAUUUGAUACAAAAGUUCGUGCCCUUGCACGAAAAUAUCUGUAGAGGUGGUCACACAUUCUGAUGGACACAAGGUCAAGUGGUUUUGGGAAUGAGUCAGCAAGUUUUUUUUUUUUUUUUUUUUUUUUUGAGAAAUAAAUACAAUAUGCUGCUAACCCUUGUGCAUUAAUCAUUAGGAAUGAAUAACUUUAUACUUUUUUUUCCAUUUAAAAAAAAAUGAAAUGUUGCACUGCAAAUCGAUACUUUUUUCUAGUUGGGAACUUGGGACUUGGGAUACAUUAGUCUGCAUCUUUGUAUCUAAUUAUUUGAUUUGAUUAUUAGUAAAUUAAGAUGGGUU